AUGCCGACCGGGACGAGCUUCGCAUCAUCCGAACCUGCCAGCGAAUUCAGUGACGACUUCAACACCUCUCUAGGGGCGUCAUGGACGUCACAGCUUGACGAUUCUACAAUGGCUAUCUCAGGGACAGCCUCCCCUUCAGCACCUCAGGCUCAAGCACCGGUUGAAAAUAUCACUCCGGGACAGCGCAUGGUGUCUGCGACCGCUGGCAAUGUCUUGACCGGAUUACUUGUCACACCUUUGGACGUCGUGCGAGUCCGUUUACAAUCCCAAUCCCAAAUUCAUAAUACCUCACCGUUCACCUCUCAUACCACACAAUCCUUGAAGAAUCUUCCUCCGAAUCUUGGCAUCACCUCGUGCUGUCGCGAAGUAUUUUGGGUCGGCAACGAUGCGCAGAUGUGCAUGCUAGGACCCCAAGCUGCCGCAGUUGGCAGUCGCCCACACCCUGCGAUCGACUGUGCGAUCGAGGAAUCCCAGCGCCGGACAUUUACAUCGACUCUGGACGGUCUACGAAAGAUCGCGCGGAAUGAAGGAACACUGACCCUGUGGCGAGGGCUGAGCCCGACAUUAAUGAUGGGCAUCCCAGCCAACGUAAUUUAUUUUGCUGGAUACGACUGGCUACGCACAGACGACCGAAGUCCCAUCAAGCAGCGCGUCGCCGAGGGUUAUGCGCCGUUGAUCGCGGGCUCGUUCGCCCGCGUCGCAGCCGCGGCGGCAACCAGUCCACUAGAAAUGUUCCGUACCCGACUUCAAGCGACCCCCGGCACGGGUGCGGGACAUUUCAAAAAUACCAUCAAGGAUCUCCACCAAAUGACCCAAGCUAAGGGAUUCAGUUCUCUUUGGCGGGGAUUCACACUUACCAUGUGGCGCGAUGUGCCCUUCUCGGGUCUUUAUUGGUGGGGAUACGAGGAAGUGAAGAAGGUUUUGAUCACGACACGUCAAACAUCCCAGCAUCUCACUGGCCCCGAGGAAGAAACCACAGCGCAGGCCUUCAUGGACAGUUUCAUUUCCGGAGCCGUGUCGGGGUCUCUGGCGGCUUUGGUAACCACACCAUUUGACGUUGGAAAAACUCGUCAGCAGGUUUUCCGGCAUAUGGACGACCAUGUGCCCACUGGUCCUCCUCCUCGCACGGCGCUGCCCCCGGGAAUUUUAGCUCCAGAGCAGCUGUCUCUCCCAAAAUUCCUCAUGCACAUCUUCCGUGAAGAGGGCACUGCUGGCCUGUUCCGUGGCUGGACGGCGCGCUGCCUCAAGGUCGCCCCAGCCUGCGCCAUCAUGAUCUCCACAUAUGAGCUGGGGAAGCGCAUGGCGCGCGAAGUGAACGAACGGCGUCAUCUUGAGAACUAA